AGUGUGGGACACUGACCGUCUCCUCCUCCACUCCAUCGAGCUUCAUUCCUUCCCGUUCUAGGCCCCGACAUGGAGAAGAACCUAAAGACAACAGGAGGUAGCUCCUACAGCAGUCGAUCCUACAGCGGCCCUGUGACCAGCACCGUGAGGAAGAGCUACUCUGUGCGCGGCUCCUACGGAAGCACGGGAAGUGCAGUUAGAGUGGUUGGAGGGCAGCUCAUAAACUCAGGAGUGUAUGGUGGGAGUAUGGAUUAUAUGUAUAGAGCAGGAAUGGGACUGGGAGGGGGUCGGGGUUCUGUCGUAGGUCCCCCAAUAACUGCCGUGACCAUCAACAAAAGUCUGCUGACUCCAAUAAACCUGGAGAUUGACCCUCAAAUCCAAGCCAUCAGAAUUGAGGAAAAAGAACAGAUCAAGACCCUGAAUAACCGAUUUGCCUCCUUUAUCGAUAAAGUGCGUUUUCUGGAGCAGGAAAACAAACGGUUGGAGACCAAAUGGAAUGUUCUACAAGAACAGACCAUCUCCAGCUCUAGUAUCAAUGGCAUGUUUGAGAACUACAUUGCUCAACUGCGCAGACACUUGGAUGGCCUGGACAAUGAAAAACGACACCUGGAUAGUGAACUGAAUAACAUGAAGAUUCUGGUGGAGGACUACAAAAAAAAGUAUGAAGAUGAGAUCAACAAACGCACCGACUCCGAGAACACCUUUGUGCUCUUAAAAAAGGAUACGGAUCAGGGUUACAUGAAUACGGUGGAGCUGGAGACGUCACUGAACAGCCUUAAUGAUGAGAUCCAGUUCCUAACUCUGGUCUAUGAGCAGGAGCUGAAGGAGCUGAAAUCUCUGAUUGGAGAAACAUCAGUGGUCGUGGAGAUGGAUAACAGUAGGGACCUGGACAUGGACGCUAUUGUAGCUGAAGUGCGAGCACAAUAUGAAGAGGUCGCCAGUCGCAGUCGUGCUGAGGCUGAGAGCUGGUACAAACAGAAGUAUGAAGAUCUGCAAGUAACGGUCACGCAAUAUGGAGAAAACCUGAGAACAACUAAAGGUGAAAUCGGUGAAUAUAACCGCAAAAUCCAGCGGCUGCAUUCCGAGCUCGAUGCCGUCAAGGGAAUGCAAACUAAUCAGGGGCUUCAGAUCAAAGAGGCCGAGGAACGAGGUGAAGUAGCGGUGAAGGAGGCGAGACUCCGUAUUCAGGAGCUUGAGGAGGCUCUUCAGAGAGCUAAACAUGACAUGGCCCGACAAGUGCGCGAGUACCAGUCACUCAUGAACAUCAAACUGGCCCUGGAUAUUGAAAUCGCCACCUACAGGAAACUACUGGAGGGAGAGGAAAGCAGAUUGGUUCGUGGAGUUCAGUCUGUCACCAUCUCCAGACAGACCUCUCAUCAGACUCAACGGCUGUAAAGCGGCAUCGUCACGUCACCACCGCGCCGUACUGUUGGGACGAGCAGUGAGACGACUGUCAUUCACACCAGUUAGACCAAUAAAGUCCUGGUCUGAAGGCGACAGGGGCUCCACAAGGCUGAGAAGAAGAACUCAAGACCAUAAGAAAUGAUCUUAUUCAGCAUAAAGUAUUGCCCAUGUGUUAAAUCCCCACAUCUCAGCUUUGUGUUCAGGUUUAAUAAUAUUUCAGCUGAAUUUUGGAUUGGACAUUGAAUGUCUUCUUCUUGUUUCCCACUAAACAACCAAUAAAACAUGUGAUGAUAUUUGAAACCA